AUGAACUCGCAAGGUCUCUUUGAAAUCAGCCCUUACCACACGUGGACGGGACCCCCUUUUGAUUGGGACCAUACCCCGGCGGUCCAUCCCCCAAACCCACAAAGCUCUGACUCUGGUCACGCCAAGCGUCUGGCAUCAAGAAGUGUUCAAUCAUUAUUAGAUGAAGAUUACGACCUGUUUGACACCGAAGUCGUGGAUAAGUUUUUGUUCAACGUGUCUGAAUCACACAGCUCCAAAGACGAUUACACAAGUUCUGUUUCGUUCUGUGGAAUGCUUGAAGCUGAAGGAACGUCACCACCGGCUACUGGGGCACGGACAAAGGUCAUAUCAGAUACGAGUUCUCCUAUGACAGAAGUCGUCAUUGACAUUCCCGGGGAGCGUCGUCGUGCCCAGAAUCGUGCGGCUCAGCGGGCCCAUCGUGAACGGCAGAAACGUUACGUGGCCCAGCUUGAGAAGAGGUUUUUUGCCCUGCAAGCUAACUACAACCACUUGGAUGAAAAAUAUAAGAAGGUCGAGAGAGAACACCAGUCAUUAAUGAGAAUGCUCUCCCGACAAAUUCCAGCAACGCCUCCUGUCGCACAAGCAAAUAUGGAUUCCUUCUUGUCCGUCAGCAGCAAUGACCCAUUGACGGCCAACGAGUUUCUACUGUGCGACCAAGAACCUGAGCCAACAAUGGCAGAGGGGAUAGAUGGCGUUUUUUCAAAAGGGCUUGAUCUGUUCACUCCACGCAUUGUGAAUUGGCUCGGGAGAGCAGGAGAAUUCUCGCUCCGUCUGGUCCUGGAACAACAGAAAGUCCUGUGGGUCUAUCGUCAAGGGAUAUCAUCGCUCUCCGAUGCGGUUAUGCUUGACGCCGACUUCAUUCUUCAACACCGGCCAAACAUAUCAGUUGCGGAUGAAAACAUUACAGCAGGAGAUGGAAAAGGAGAAAUUGACUCAGACGUGAGCCAGCUUGGGUCAUCGAAAGAUACGGUUUGGGGCAGCCGCCAGAGAAGUACGACUACAGCACAGCUCUUUUGGAAAUGGAUUUCUGUCAUCGCAGGAUGGAAGACGGUGGUGGCAAUAGAUCUGGUGGUACUCUUGACCGCAGUUCCCUUCGUCAACGAAUACGAGAUGUCGAUGUCUGUCAUAUGCGAUGCACGAGCACUUGGGUAUUCUGGAACGAGUUCACAUUUCUUUGAAGAAGCCACCACCACCACCACCACCCACUCGGCGCGGACGGGGCUGAUUUGA